CUUGCGAUUGUUUGUAAACAUAUCGACACGUUGAAUUGUGUGUGUGAAACUGUAACUUUGCUCUCUUUUGGUGUGUGUUUUCAAAUUUAUUUUAUAGUCAUUUCCGAAACAAAUUUAGCGAGAAUGGAGUAUCAGGAGUUACAAGUUAUUGACGAACAAAAUAUAUUGGAGGUCCCUCCGCGCAAGGAAUCCGGUAAACGUGGACGAAAACCUGGAAGGAAAUCGGCGGAGAAGGUCGACAUGAGAGCUAAGCUAGAGCGAAGCCGACAAAGUGCCAGGGAGUGUAGGGCGCGCAAGAAGUUGCGGUAUCAGUAUUUGGAGGAGCUUGUAGCAGAUCGGGAGAAGGCGAUACUUAUACUGAAAAAUGAAUUGGAGAAGUUUCAGUUUUGGGCAAAAGAAAUCGACGCCGGACGUAUGCCCGAUGGUAUACAAGAGUUGCUUGAAGAAGCUGGUAAAGAACAAAAGUGAUCAGAUUUGAAGUGAUGUUAUUUUUUGAUACAUAAAUAUUAUUUAUUUAUAUAUGCA